AGGAUUUCUAGUUGAAGGCCAUUCUGAACUUCCCCACUGCUGCUCCUCCUCUGCUUUAUUCUCAAAGGUCUGUUUGUCCUCGAUGGGGAUGAAGGAGUAAAAAUUGAUCGAAGAUCCCCGGGCCCUUCCAGACCGCUUCUGUCAUUGUCCCAUGCGCAUCGCACCCAUUUUACUGAGAUAUUUCCUGAGAGGUGAAUGACCUUGGGCUCCUACCAGAGCUCUGCAGAAGGCCAGGUUAAAACCGAAUUGAGAUGUCCCUACAGCCAUUUGGGAUACAUGGUUAAAAGAUGGCAAACAAGUGUGCAGCAUCAGAUCCAUGGCAAGAUUGUAUGGAAGUUGCAGUUACUAUUGCCCGAAAAGCUGGGGCUGUUAUUUGUGAUGCUUUGAGAAAAGAACAGACUGUUCAGAUUAAAAGUUCUCCUGCAGACUUGGUGACUGAAACCGAUCAAAAUGUUGAAAAAAUGAUUAUCGGCACGCUAAAGGAAAAGUUUCCUUCUCACAGUUUUAUUGGUGAAGAGUCUGUUGCAGAUGGAGCAGCAAGUGUGUUAACAGAUAAUCCAACAUGGAUAAUUGAUCCCAUUGAUGGUACCACUAAUUUUGUCCACAGGUUUCCCUUUGUAGCGGUAUCUAUUGGCUUUUCUGUGAACAAACAGAGUGAAAUUGGCAUUGUAUAUAGCUGUAUGGAAGACAAGAUGUACACAGCUCAAAGAGGGCAAGGUGCAUUCUGCAAUGGGCAACAAUUGAAAGUGUCUGGACAAGAAGACAUCAGCAAAGCUCUUAUAGUAACUGAGCUUGGGUCAAAUCGCACACCCGAAGUCUUGAAGACAGUUCUUUCAAACAUGGAAAAACUAAUCUCAAUUCCAAGCCAUGGAGUUCGAGCUCUGGGAACUGCAGCUGUAAACAUGUGCAUGGUGGCAACUGGUGGUGCAGACGCCUACUAUGAGAUGGGUAUUCACUGCUGGGACAUGGCAGCAGCCACACUAAUCGUUUCUGAGGCUGGUGGUGUUGUGCUGGAUAUAUCAGGAGGACCAUUUGAUCUGAUGUCACGCAGAGUGAUUGUUGCAAGUAGCAGAGCUAUUGCAGAGAGAAUAGCAAAAGAAGUACAGAUAAUCCCCUUUCAGAGAGAUGAUCAGACGGAAUGAGAAUAUAUUACUCUAUAGAAUGUUUUUAAUAUUUUUACUCUGACUUUAAAUAGAUUUUCACUUUCAUUUGCAAACGUUAUAGGAAUAUCUCUGAACUCGUCAAGUGAAAUUGAUAAACUGCUCAAGUCAAUUUCAGUUGCUGAUGUACCUGGUGCUGCAACACAAUAUUUGUCAAUAUUUUACAGUAAAAGAUUUUCCAGUUUCUGUGGAAGCUGAUCAGAAACUGAUGGAUUUAAAUGCAACUAGAAUUUGAAUUAUUGCUACCAGUAGUCUACAUGAACAUUUCCUUGCUUGCUAUCUGUUGAAGUACGUGAACACAUUCCUUGAUUGUUUUGAUAAUGAAUGUUAAAGAGAGCAUAAAUUGAAUGCAACCAAUAUAUUAUUUUGGGGUAGAGUUUCUGCUUUGGACACAGUGCAGAAUUGCACUAAUUCAAAUAAAGUGCAGGUAAUAAUCCAGCUAAUUGACAUAAGUAUUGCCUAAAAUUGCAUCUAUUUUAAUAAUUAUUUUCUUUAGUUUUUACUCAAACUUAUUUGUAUAUUGACAAGUCCAAAUUUUAUCAUGAAGCAACAAAAUUGGACUGUUGUGAUUGUAAUAUUUUUAAAUAAAUUUUUUUAGAAGGUAUUUGUUGUAUUUGAAUUCUAACCUUAUGCAGUUUGAUUGUUUAUCACAAUAAACAAGCACUUUAAUCGGUGUCCAGUCAAGAUGUGAAUAAGCUGAGUUUUUAGGAUAAUGGAAAUGAGUUCCCAAAAGUGUAAAGGAUAAUUUGUUUGUGCAAGGGAAUGUUGCCUCCUUAUAUAACGUAUGAACAUUGAUAGAGAGGUAAAGGAGCUAGGAUUCAUCUGGCCUUUUUUUCACACCCCUGUGAUACAGGUACUUGCAAUACAGUGAUUUUUUGGGUGUUAUGUUAAUUUUGGGUGAAUUGGGUGGGGAAAACCUGACGUGUGCACACAAAUGGAAACUCUACCCCUCUAUAUAAUAACAAAUGAUUUGACAUUUGCAUCUAUUCCAUUUAAGUACAUGGCAACGUCUAGGUAUUUUGAAACUCGUGACAAAUGCUUUAAGCUGAAUUCUUAAUUUCAUCCACACCUCUUUGCAAGUUGGAGAGUUUUGUUGUCACUAUCUGUGUGAAGUUUGCUUGUUCUCUCCAUGUCUAUGUGGAUUUCGUCUGGGUGCUCCAGUUUCCUCCCACAGUCCAGAAAUGUGCAGGUUAGGUGGAUUUCUGUGGGAAGUGCAGGGUUGUGGAUAGACUGAGGAGUCUGGGUGAGAUGCUCUUUGAAGAGUCAGUGUGGACUUGCUGGACUAUUUCCACACUGUAGGGAUUCUAUAGAAAUAAAAAUUAGCCCCAUUCCUUUAAGUUUAGAAUCUGACUUCUAAACUGAACUUUUGUCUUUCGUCAAUUUAACUUGUACUGAGUACUCUGCCUGAACCAGCAUGCUUGUUUUACCAGUGCUACCCAGUUUACUCUUGUACACCCAGGCUAUAUAGAAUUGAAUGCAGUGGUUUGUAUGCUUUUCAAAUUGCAUGCAUAAAUUCAGCCUUCAACUAACCACUCUUGCCUCUGCAGAACUGAGGGGUCUAGGGAAAUCUGAGUAUUCUGGUAUGUGAAGCAAAAAUGUUAUUAUGCAGAUACAGCACGUGAUUAGGUAGCAUUGUGUUCCCAGUUAUUACAAGAGGAAUGGAUUAUAACAAUAAAGAUGUUUUGAUUCUGUUGUGCUGGGCAAUCAUGAGACUUCAGCUGGAAUACAGAAUACAUAUUUUGGAUUUUUGUUUAAGACAGGACAUAAAUGCAUUAGAAAAAAUUCACUCAAAUGAUGACAACAUCCUUGCAAUCCCAGGUUAUCUUAAGAAGAAAGGUCAGAUAGACUCGACCUGUAUAAGAGUUUGGAAGAAUGGCAAGUAAUCUUAUUGUAACAUAGAUGAUCCUGAGGGAACUUGGGUUAGAUGUCUGAAUGGGUGUUUUCUCUACAGAAUCAUAGAAUCCCUAGAGUGUGGAAGUAGGCCCUUCAGGUCCAUGCUGAUCGUCUGAAGUGCAUCCUACCAAAACCCCCAUGUCUGUACCCUUCAUUUCCUGUUGCCAAUCCACCUAGCCUGCACUUCUUUGGAAUGUAGGAGGAAACCAGAACAUUCAGAGGUAACCCACACUGACACUGGGAGAAUGUCAAACUCCCCACAGCCAGUCAGCUGAAGCUGGAAUCAAACCCAGGCAGCAGUGCUAACCACUGAGCUCGUAAAAACAAUCCAACAAUAAAUAUCAAUAAUGACACAGAGUAUCCUCUUUCAUAUUGGAAGUAGUAUGAUAUACAAAACAAUCUAACCUGGAGCUAAUGGGUCAAUUUACCUCCUAACUGAUGCUGUGGUAUUGGCUGGAUCUUUGUGUUAGUUUGGGGUCAUUAAGCUUUUGAGACAUGUUUCUUUCAAGAUUCUCAAAGAAAGAAAAUCUGCUUGUGGUAGCCAUAAGUAAAAUUUGAGUGCUAGCAAUAGCACAAUUGCUGCAGUGCCCAUCAGGGGUGGGAACCACAUUAAAAGACAUGUGUUUCAAAACGUCUGCAUCAAGUUUCAUUGAAGAUGUUGAAUUUAAGUACUUGGGAAUUCAUUUGGAUGGAGAAGAAAUGGCUGAAGCCCAAGAUCUCUCCACUUCCCUUCAUUCCUUUCCAUCAAUAUCCCAGAAACAACUGCCAAACUUCACCUGCCUGUUCUGGGAGGUGGGUGGAGAGACGGGGGAAAAAUAGCCCUGAAAUGCAAAAUCCAACUUUGUGAGCAGGAGUGGCAGGUGAGAGAGAAAAAGAGAGAUCAGAGAUGAGGAAUGCCUAGAAUAAAAAUGUUGAGGUAAAACAAAGCAUCAUUACAUUUUUUUCCACAAUUUCUUUGAGUUACAAAACAACCUUAAGUGAGGAAGAAGGCUGAUAAUCAGGAAUCAUGCAUUCAGGCAAAGUCUUUUUGCCAUGGGAGAGAGCAUUUUGGAUGUCCAGUGCCAUGAGUAUGGGCUGGAAUAACUGGAGAUUGGAGGUCAUGUGAUGAAACCUCCAGGAAUGUAUCCAAGCGGUUAUAAACAAUAGGAUGGAAUAAUGAUGUGGCCCUUUUUUUCAUGUUCCUAUCCUACCAAUAUUCAGAUAAAAUUCAGCAUUAAUUAUCAUUUGGAGAAGUGAAUAUUCCUAGUGCACCUUCCAUGAGAAAAAUCAUUUUACAUAAAUAAUAACAGGACAGACAGUACUAAUCCUAGAGAUGUUAAUUUUACAGAAAACUAUCCAGGUCUUUAAUAAUAUAAAAAUAUACUGAUAUCAAACCAGAGGGCACAGCAAAAGGAAUACCCCAUGUUCUCCUGAGUUAUGCUAACCACUACCUCACGUGUAGAAAUAUAACAACUGGCAUAUAUUAAACAGCUUUAAUGUGUUAAUGCAUGUUGUGUUUCACAGGAAUAUUACCUGGCGAAAUUUGACAUUGAAUCAGAAAGAUCUAGAAGGACAGUUGACAAAAAGCUGGUCAAAAAGAUUUUUUUUUGUUUAGAAGGUCUUAAAGUAGUCCAAGGUUUUAGGAAGGGAAUUCCAAAGCUUGGGCCUGAAGGUGAAAUGAAUAUUGAAUGAAGUAAAUUGCAAUGCACAAAAAUCAGGAAUUGUUGGAAUGCAGAGUCCUUGAUGUGUCGUAGGACUGGAGGAAGGUUUUAGGGACUUAAGGUUUUCAAAACAUUUGACCACAAAGAUGAGAAAUUUUUGUUUAAGAUGUUACUGAAUUAGGAGCCAAAGUGGGUUUUCCACAUUCUGCACAGAACUACGUACAAUUGGGCUGUUAACGGAAACUCAUGUUAAGGAUGAGGAUGUAAAUGUAGAUUAUUGUUACACUAUUAUGUACAACUUCCAUAAAAUAUUAAAUUAUAAUAC